AGAGAAAGAGACAAGGCUCAAGUAUUCUGCAUUUUAAGAUUUGACAAACCCCCUAACCCGUCAAAAAGUUGAGCCAGCAAAAGAGAGAGAGAGAGGGGUGCAAUGGAUAUGAGAAAAAUAGUAGUAGUUGUUGAAGAUGUGGAAGCAGCAAGAACGGCUUUCGAAUGGGCUCUUCACAAUCUGCUUCGUUAUGGAGAUUUGAUCACUCUCCUCCAUGUCUUCCCCAAGAGGUCCAGAAGCAAGAAGAAGCUUAGGCUCUCACGCUUGAAAGGCUUCCAGUUGGCUCUCUCCUUCAAGGACAUAUGCAGCGACUUCCCUAAUACAAAGAUCGAGAUAGUUGUCACAGAAGGCGACCAAGAAGGCGAUAGGAUCGUUGCCGUGGUACGAGAGAUCGGUGCUUCAGCGCUGGUCGUGGGGCUCCAUGACCAGAGCUUUCUUUACAAGUUGGCAAUGGCCCACAACAACAUAGCGAGCAGCUUCAAUUGCAGAGUCCUUGCCGUCAAGAGCAAUGCAAACUCAUCACCAGACAGUUCGUCAAUACCAGACAGUUCAACCAACAUGGACUUUUCCCAGAUCGAUCUCGCUGGAUUACAUGUCCCUGACCCCCUUCCCCCGAAAAUUCGAUACCGAAUAUGUCCAAGCCCUUCUGCAAUAAUAUGGAGAUCAAGCGGCAGCUCAAGGAGGAAGAGCAGCUCGAGGGAGGAGGCUCAGUUUCGUCUCAUUAGAAGCACAUAGCUCUUUGUGUUUUUUGUUGUCACAGUGAUCUUGAAGGGGUCUGAAUGUGGGUUUGAUUUUUUUAGCUUUAAUAAUGUAUGCUUUACACAACACACUUGCAUAUAGAAUAGUCCAAUUGACUUCAUCCAGUUCUCAGCUGAUGCUUAAUUACAAAGUUCUGACCCCUGUAACAUCUUGCUAUGGCAUUGUCUCUUUUGGCACAA